AUGUCUUCACAGGAAGCGGCUCCUUUGGUCGCCCUCGGCGCGUCAGCGGGCUUAUGGCAAGCUGCGCUGACUCUGCUGGUGACCUUGGUCGUCGGCUACCUCGCCAAGACCUCACUGAGUUCAAACAGCUUGUCCAAGAUCCCGCUGGUCGGUCUCGAGAUCGGCGACGAGGAGAAGCGCCGGCUGGCUUAUCUAGGUGGUGCCAAAAACAUAUACCAGCAGGGCUACCAAAAGUUCAAGGAUGGAAUCUUUCAGAUCACGACCUCCAGAACCGUGCCUGUGGUCAUUGUGCAUCCUCGUUUUCUCAACGAGCUCAGCAAAUUGCCGCCUCAAAUUCUGAGCGCCGAUGCGGCCGUCAACGAGGGGAUGGAAGCCAAGUACACGCAACUGUGGACGAUUCCGGUUGUUCCUCACGCCAUCAAGACCAUGCUCACCCCGGGCCUCGGUAAGUCCCACCACUCAUGGUUUCUCUUCUUCGUCUUCUUCUGCAAAAAGGCUAACAUUCACGUGAUUCAAGUUCGUCUUACUGAAAUCGUUGCCGAAGAGCUCCAGGAGGCUUUCAGCAGAGAGCUUCCCGACUGCAAGGACUGGAGCUCCGUCCAAGUCCAUCCGACCCUCCUGCGUAUCGUGGCAGCUGGCGCAGGCCGCGUCUUCGUCGGCCCCGAGCUCUGCCGGGAUGAAAAGUACCUGGACUCCUCGAUCAACUUCACCGGGGACGUGAUGACGGCGCGCAACGCCGUCCAGCAGAUGAGGCAGUGGCUGCGGCCGUUCCUGGCCCAUCGGCUGCCGGAGGUGCAGAGGCUCAGCCAGCACCGGGCCGAGGCGGAGGAGUUCCUGCGACCCGUGAUCCUCAAGAGGAGGAAGAUGAUGGCGGACCCCGAUCAGGAGAGGCCCGACGACCUGUUGUCGUGGCUGAUGGAGGCCCAGGCCACGUCUGGGAAGGGCAGCGACAGGGACCUCGCCGAGCAGCAGCUGGGCAUCGGCUUCGCCGCCAUCCACACCACGACGCUGACCGGUACCAAUGCCUUUUACAACCUGGCAGCGAUGCCCGACGUGGCGGCGGAGCUGAGGGACGAGGUUUCUACCGUCCUGGCCGAGAACAAGGGGGCCUUCACCACCAAGGCGCUCCACGAAAUGAAGAAGCUGGACAGCUUCUUGAAGGAGACGCUGCGGUGCCAUCCUUUUGUCUUUGGUGAGAUACAAACUCGCUCUCCUAUCUAUCUAUCUGCAUGGUUGGUUGGAAAAAAGGAGGGAAAAAAAAGAAACAACUUGGCGAACUUCUUGAUUCCUUUCGAGGCACGGCUUGCUGACACGACGACCCUGGAACCAAUAGCGACGUUUCAACGCAAGGCUCUGAAGGACAUCACGCUCUCCAACGGCCAGGUCAUCCCGGCCGGGACGACGAUCGAGUGCCCCAACUACGCCGUCAGCCACGACGAGGCCCUCUUCGAGGACGCGGACGAGUUCGACGCCUUCCGCUUCUAUAAGCUGCGCGAGAAGGCGGCGCUGGAGAGGACCCCGGACCAGACCUCGGACGCCUCCAUGCAGAACCAGUUCGCCAGCGUGAGCCAGAACAGCCUGGCGUUCGGGUACGGCCGGGAGGCGUGCCCCGGCCGCUUCUUCUCCGCCAACGAGCUCAAGGUCAUCUUCUCCAUCGCCCUCCUGCAGUACGAGAUGAAGCUGGCCGAGGGGAGCGAGGGCAGGUAUCCGAACAUGGAGUUUGGACAACUGGCAAGUUCACCAAGAAGCCCUUCCUUGCCCGUCCACGCUUUUGAUAGCAUGAGACUUUCUCGUUUGAGCACUUUGCUAACCCGUGUGAUGGAACAAUAG